AUGAUUAGUGCUGAACGAGGCAAUAAUGUAACAAUGGGUGCAGCCAUUAAUGCUACUGGAAAUAGCAUCCCACCAUUACUUGUAUUUCCACGUGCUAAAUUCAAAGAGCACAUGUUAAAUAAUUGUCCUCCUGGAAAUGUAGGAGCAGCUGAUAAGUCCGGAUUGUCAAAUGAAGUCAUUUUUCUGCAAUUUCUUGAACAUUUUAUUAAUAAUGUGCGACCAUCAAUUGAAAAACCUGUUCUUUUAUUAAUGGAUAAUCAUGAGAGUCAUGUAAACAUUUCUGUUAUUGAGUUAGCAAAAAAUUCAGGCAUAGUUUUAAUGACAUUUCAUCCUCACACAACCCAUAAAAUGCAACCUCUUGACGUGGUGUUUUUGGACCAUUUAAAACUUUUUAUAACAAUGCCAUGA